UAAUUAUGUCAGCUUCUUUUAAUUCUUCGAUAAUUGAUAAAAUUUCAUUAUCAUGGUUUGUAUUACCGGCAUCUCGGGAAGCAACUAAUAGUUUCAAUCUCUCAACAAGUUCGUUAGGAUCGUCCCAAUAUACCAAGUCAGCAUCUUUUUAUAUUUCUUUAGUGUUGGUAAGCUUCCUCCAAAUUUAGUGACAAUAUUACUGUUUAACGAUUCAGAAAACAAUGGUUUGAUUAUUUCGCCAUAUUUUAUACCUUUAUCGCCUCUAAUUUGUCCAUUAGGAUUGACAUCUCUCUUAUGUGCAUUUGUAUAAUGCAACAUAUCUUUAUAGACAAGUUUAUCUUUGCUCGAUAUUAGUUUCAAAUCAGGUUUUCUUCGAAGUAAAAGUUCUUUUAAACCAGGGGUUAAGUUGUAGCUUUUGUCACCAACUUUAAUUAAAAUGAUAUUAUCUUCAUUCACACUAUCUAUUUUAGAAAAUGAGACUAUUGAAUUACCCAUUAGUAAUUUUUUGUUUGCACUCCUUAUUCCAAAUGGUAUAUUUACCCCAUCAUAAAUAUCAUGGAUAUCAUCACCCUCUAAUGAUAUUUCUAAAUCUUUCAGUAAUUCUGUCUGGGGAGACUUUUUAACGAACUGUACAGAAUUUAGUUCUGGAUCGCAGCAUUCUUCAAACUUUGUAGAUGAGCUGGUAUUAAUGUCAUCCAAUUCCAUGUCUUCAAAAUUAUUAUUAGAAAUCAUGUCAGGCUCAGCGUCCUACAGUCCUGUUCUAGAUAUUAUAAGCCAUAAUAGAAUUUCAGCAUUUAAUGAAGAACCGGAGAGACUUAAUUUACAGGAGAAUUUAAUAGAAGACGAUUAUCCAAUUACGAAUCCUUUUUAUUACGCUCAAGAUAGAGAAAGUUGGGAUGCUGAAGUAGCUGCCAAGGCCUACGAGGAAAGCCGGCAGCAAAAAGCAGAGGAACAAACAACGAAGAAGAAAAAAAACAAAUCAAAAUCUAUGAGUAUAAACAAAUCCUAUAUCAUGCGUAAAGAAUCUGCACAUGUUCGACAUUUAAUAAAAAUUAUGAUACAUGAUUUGGACGGUCGUCCUAUGGAUAAAAUAAGAGUGAACCCUGAGGAUGCGAGUGUGGAUGUACAGUAUUUAGUGACUUAGUAAUUAUGAUGAUAUAAUGACUGAAACCGAACAUUUAGUUGGUAAAAUAGUAAAUAAGUUAAGGUAAUCAUCGUGUCUA